AUGAGGACUUGCACUGGUGCUUCUUCGAGCCCGUCCAGCUCAGGUCGAUUGAAGAGCGACCUUGCAAAGCUGGAACAUCAGAUUCACAAGACUUCGACCAUCCACAACAUCGCCAACGACUCUGGCGUCUCAUUUUGUGCCGAAACACCGUCACAGCAGUCGGCACGCAAGGCAACUGGAGGCUCGAUAGCCAGCAUCGCCACUAUCACACCGGAAUCGGCGCCCGACCGUGCCUCGACGCUAAGGGACGAUGCCACGUCGGCUGCCAAAAUGGCCCCUGGACGAAACUUGGCCUUGACACUUCCCUUGCUUCCUCAGCUCGACGCAGGCCUCAGCUCGGGUGCUUCCAACGUCAUGGCCUCACCUUCCAUCAUCAAAUCCGACGAUCCCUUCUUUGCCCAAGAGCCAGCACCACGCUCCUCGUUGUCCAUUUCCUCCACCUCUUCCCAAGACUUUGAGCUCAACGACCUCUGGGACAGCCUCGCUAGGCAGCUCAAACCCAUCGCCGACGUCUUGCGCACCGGCCGUCAUCGCACUUCUCUUGGAUCCUCUCGCCUACCCGCCGAUUGUGUCUCUGUCCUUCAACUCUGGCUUUGCGCCGAAUCAGAAUCGACAACGUCCAAUCAACCAGUCAACAACCACGCCUUGGAAGCUGCGAUCGAAAUCUUUCGUGUAUUCGCCAAUCUUUGCAUCGACCACGAUAGCAAUCGUUCCAUCCUAGAUGGCGCUGGUGCCGCGCCCACUGUGCUGGCAGCUGUCUCUCUCGUUCUACGCCAACAGGACCGAUCCAGAUCAUCGGCAAUUCUGUCGCUCAAGAUCCUCACUUUUCUUCGUGCCGCCAUGGGCGCCGUCCUCAACAUGCAGCUUGAACAUAUCUCCACACGCCAGUCGCUUGCUACCGUCAACUGCAUUACCACUCUUGCUUCUGUGGCCGCGCAUCCGCGCAUCUAUCUUCCCCACCUAUGGGCCGUGCCACGCACCGUUGAAAUCGAAAACGACGCUGAUGUACCUGAAAAGCUUCAGAUGGGUGCCACCGUCUCCAGCUGGGCCUGGCGAGUGGUGCAGGAAAUCUUUGACGACAUCAAGGAAGAGAAGGAAGGUCAACCCGGCACGCCUUCGGACGAGACGCACAACGCUAACCUUGACGACGUCAACGACGAAGCAUCAUCGCACGAUGUACGAUCCAUCCUCUCUCGUCACUGCAUCAACGAUCUGCUUCGACCCUUGUCACUUUACGCUCUGCACACACCGAUUGAGUCCGAGUCGCAAGUGCAGCCCGAGAUGGACACAGACGAUGUCGAAGCAUUGGUAGACUCGGACGCCGAGAUUCUUCAGACGGCUGCGACGCUGAUCGAGUCUUGCGCCGCCGAGGAACCCGAAAUGCGUUGUCGCGCUGUGCAACGCUUCAAGACGAGUGCGGAUGGCUCCACUCACGCUCAACUCGAGACACAGUUCCAGUCCGGUCUAGAUGUGCUCAUGUCGUUUGUUGAAAAGGCACAACUCCCUCGAGAGUGGGUCAAAGACUCUUCCGCGCUGCAAGCUUCUCCAGCAUCUUGCAAUGAUGACUGUUCAGCAUUAUCGACCAAAGAUGCUCAAGUCGCUGAGGAGAUGCGUAAGGCCUUCGCUCAGGUUAAAGCUUGCGCUGCUCGUGCCGUGGUUGCCAUCUCUGGAGACGACUCGAAUAUGGUCGAGCUGUUCAGCGGCUCGUCGGGAUUCAUCGGUCGACUUCAAGGCUGGAUCCGAUAUGAUCCUAAGACGCGCGACGACCUCGUCAGCUGCGGAAUGCUAGCCCUCGGCAAUUUGGCGCGCAGCGAUGCACACUGCUUAAGCUUGGUGCAGGAGCACAAUCUUGCGCCGUUCCUCGCUUCGCUUCUCGCCAAGGCAGACGACAUCAAAGUGGCGCACGGGCUCGUCUCGCUUCUUAAGAAUCUGUCGAUCCCAGCCGCCAACAAAGCUGUGAUUGGUCGGCUGGACGUGAUCGACGCAGUUGUCGGUUUCAUGGGUAGAGACAAGGACAUGGUGCAGCCUCUGCAAUUCGCGACGGUGGGCCUGCUCAAGCACCUCUGCGCUGGUGUCACGGAAAAUGCGAUCCGAUUCGUCGGCGGCGAAGCUAGCAGUGGCAGUGGCCGGGGUCCACUGGCGCUCAAUGCACUGAUCGACAUGGUCGAGCGCAUCGACGAUGUACCCACCAAGAUGGAGGCGACGCGUGUACUGGUGAAUGUGGUCAAGAGUCUUUGGACGAGCACGCCGCAUCGGAAUGGCGGCAAGUCGAAUGAUAUGUCCGAGCAAGUCAUUCUCGCGGCUCGACGCAAAGUGGUGCGCAGGGACGUGCUGCAGGCGCUUGCCGAAAUGGUGCGUACCAGUCCCAAGUACCCCGUGCUUGUCAAUGAGGGUAUCAUCGCGCUGACGCUUGUUGGAAGCGAGACGACAGGGGCUGAGCUGGUGAGCUUGUCGCUGCUCGCGCAACCGACCAAGCCGAUGACCGAUGAGGACACGGAUAACGACAUGGAUUCAGAUGGCGAGAUGGACGCUGCUGCUUCAGCAUCGCGAAAUCCAAGGCGACGGUCGACGGUCGACAGCUCCGCCUCGACAUCGUCGCAUCCUUUGCCGCCACCGGACUGUGCGCUUGACAUGGUCAAUCUCGUGCUGGCCAGAAGAGAUGCACGCAUGCCUCCGCAAUUUGCCAGCAACGCAUGUGCACUCGUGCUCAGCCUGUGCCAUGCCACCCAGAGCGCCAAUCGCACCACAACCACAGGCACCGUCGGACAGAACGCCAUCGCACGCGUCGCUGCAAACACCCGCCCCGCGCUCGAAACGCUCAAGCAUCACGGCCCCACAGAGGCGCUCGCCGCCGCAGCCGACGCGCUCCACGCCGUCACCAAGAUCGCCACUGUUUGA